CAGUAGCUAUUGAAAGUGUCGAAUGUAAGAGUUUUUUUGUAACAAAUAAGAAAUGGGUGUUUAAAUUGGGGUUUUCCACAUCAUUCAAACUCAAAUCUAUCAUUUAUCGAGAAUACGCAUCUACCAAUGCAAUUUUACAAAGUAAACUGGCAUAGAUUGAUCAAAUCGGACGUGUAAAUCAUAAAUAUAUCGCAGUAUCAUUCGAUUGUUGUGACUUAACAUCAGUCGUGAUAUUCAAGCUGCAACAAUGCCAAUCUUGUAUAGUGUUGUUGCAAGAGGACCAACGGUACUUGCAAAACAUGCUGCUUGUGCUGGAAAUUUCGAAGAAGUCACAGAGCAAAUCCUUGCAAAAAUACCUCCUCAGAAUGAUAAAAUGACAUAUUCACAAGGUCCCUAUUUAUUUCACUAUGUGUGCGAUGAGCGAAUCGUUUACAUGUGUAUAACUGAUGAUGACUUUCAAAGAUCAAGAGCAUUUCUUUACUUAAAUGAAAUCAAAAGAAGGUUCCGCACAAUGUAUGGAGAUGGGGCACAGACUGCAUUAGCUUAUUCUAUGAAUACUGAAUUUGGCAGAAUCAUUGCUAAUGAGAUGAAACAUUACAGUGAAUCAAAAGACUUAGACACCAUAUCAAAAGUCCAUGGAGAGCUAGAUGAACUCAAAGAUAUAAUGGUAAAAAACAUCGAUAAUUUGGCAAUGAGAGGAGAACGUUUAGAAUUACUUGUCAAUAAAACAGAAAACUUGACCAAUAACUCUGUGACAUUCCGAAAAUCCAGUCGUAAUCUCGCGCGAUUGCUAUUCUGGAAAAAUGUAAAGAUGUAUGUUAUCAUCGGCGUUGUUUUAAUCUUUAUUAUUUACGUUAUUCUGGCAAUAUCUUGCGGUGGAUUGGGAUUACCGAAAUGCGUUUCAAACUCUUAAAUUGUUUGAUCCUGAUCGACGUCUUCACAACAAAAGUUCACAACCAUAAAUUGUAUGGCCAAAUGAUUUUUUCACUAUUCUAAGAAGAAACUAUAUUAAUCACAUAAAGUUUUAUAGACUACGCGGACAUCUAUUAUUCCAAGGACAAAAGAACUUGUAAAUAUGUUAUUAUUCUGCGUGUAGGAAUAAGAAAAUCCGUAUGUGUUAAGAAUUUUUGCUGAUUAAUGCCGAUAUCAGUUAGAUCGUCGAAGUUAACGAAUAUCCGCCGAAUACACCACUAUAGCGCAUAUGGAUUGUUAUUAUUUUUGAUUAUGUAUAGAAUACAUUUAAUUGUUAAAGAUAAGUUAAUCAAUUUAUUAUACUAUUAUCCAAGCUUUUGUUUCGAUAAACUU